UAAAGAGUGAGAUGUAAAAGAAUAAAUCGUCACUGCGGGUGAAAGACUGGUUUUAUACAUGGAAGAAAGAAUGCUGUACACUGUAGACGCGUUAACUGACAGCAACAACAGCGAAAGAAGGAAGUUGUAAGGAAGUUGUAAGGAAGUUGUUAUAAAUCGGAAUGGAGGAAGUUGUAAGGAAGUUGUUAUAAAACGGAAAUGGAGGAAGUUGGAAGGAUGUUUAUGUGGUGUUGGCGUCGUCGUUGGAGGAGUGGUGACGCCCACUGACGCUAUAUAGAUCACUAGAUUACUAAAGGAUAAACAUAUUAAUUGACAGCGUCAACAGCGGAAGGAGGCCUUAGUGAUGGAGAUGGAGAUGCAGAUGAAAAGUUACCUGAAAGAUGGCAAUGUUGGUUCCGUCGUCGGAGUAGUGACGCCUACUGACAGCAAUGUUGGUGUCGGAGUCGGAGUAGUGACGCCCAAUAGCACUGCCAAUCACGAACUUGCUGCUCAGCCCUUGCUCAAGUUGCGGGUCGCAGCCUUGUUUUUCAAAGCUGCAUAUCAAUUUAUGGAAGCAAAAGGUAGUUGGGAGAUGAACGAGAUAAAUACAACCGAGGAAGCAAUUCCAACUAGGUACUACUGCUACAGGUGUCGUCAUCUGGUCACUGUGGAUGUCGAAGUCGAAAUCAAAUGCCCUUUCUGCCAAGACGGCUUCAUCCAACCAUGCGAGGGUGUUAACUCACGCUACCUAACCAUGUCAUCCGAAUCUGAGCUUUCUGAAAGUGGUUCAGAUGGAGAGGGCCUCGUUGACGAGCAACGCCAUGUGAUACGGGUAUUGGUCUUGAGCUUCAGUCAGCUGGUUUUUAUCCUUGGGAUCGGAAGGUUCUCUGUUUUCUAACAAAAAAAAUAGAAAACUUUUAGUCCUAAAAAAUGAUUGCUUUUAGAUAAAUACUGUAAGUAAGAUUAAAAACUAAUUUUAGUCAAUUGAUUUGUGUCCAAAUGAGAUUAAAAACUAAUUUUAGUUGUUUAACUCUUGUCCAAAUCAGCAUUUAUAUUUCACGUCAUAUUUAAUUUCUUUGAUGUAAUUUACUAUGUUUUGUCUUCCUAUAUUACCCCUACAUAUUACUAUUAAAUGUUUUUUUUUUAUUCAAAAUGAGCAUCGGCCAUUUAAGGAUGCAACAUCAAAGGACACCUUGACUUUUUUCAUGUUGUAAUUUAGGCAGGAUGAUAUGAAAAAUCUUUCCGGGCACUAUCAUAAAUUAAUCAAAGUCAAAAUUAGUCUACUAAUGUGGAACAUACCAAGAAGGUCAAAUAACUAAUUAUAGGGGGCACAAUGGGAACAAAAAGAGCCAUUAAAGAGUUUAAAAACAACAAAAUAUGAGUUAUAAUAAUCAUGAUGACAUGGAGGAAUAAGAUCAAGGCUUAAAUGUUAAAAUAGUCGUUGUGUUUUAGUUAUUGGAUCAAUAGUCCUUAUGUUUUCAAUUUGACCAUUUUAGUACUUAUGUUUAUCUUCAUUGACCAAUUAAGGACAUUUUCAUUAAAUUUUUAUAAAGAAACUAUAAUUACUAUAAAUUUUUUUUUAAAAUUAUUUAUUUGAUUUAAAAUAUUAAAAAAUAAUA